AUGUACGACGCAUACACACCAAAAGAUGUGGCUGGAAGCCUGCCUGUUGAAGUCACAUGUCUGGCUUUUCAAGAAUCGAACCAAACAGUGCUAGCUGGUGGGCGAGCAGGACAUUUGUAUGCUUAUUCGGUUUCUUCUAACCGUCGCGGUGGUUUUGAGCUCUCGAAAUUUUGCAAAUCGUUUCACAAAAAAGCAGUUCAAGAGUUAAAAGUUUGCGAAAGGGAAGAUCUUUUAUUGUGUGUUUCCGAUGGACAGCUAAUGGCUCAUCGGCUCAGCGAUCAGGAUUUUAAAGUGGAGACUUUGAUUCAUAAAGCGAAGCCCGUCCAAACUUUUGCGAGGUUUUCACCGAAGACAUCUGGAGACCUCUACGUCAUCGUCGCGUCUCGAAAGAAGCUGUUCCUCUUCAAAUGGGGUGAAAAAGACGGUCAUAAGGAUUUUAUAGAAGUCGCGCUGGAUUAUAACCCCGUUUUUACGGAUACACCGUCUUCGAUAAAAUGCGUCGGCGAAAUGGUGUUCUUCUCGGUUCGAAAUGAGUACUUCUCGAUGACAAUGCAAAAGGAUAAGACCGCCCGAACGUCUUCUUCAGACGAAGUUGCUCCAGAAGCUUGGAAUGGAUUCGUGACACGUCUUCUAAAUUUCAACUGUCAACCUGGCAUCGUGCCAAUGAUUGAUAAGCGACGAGUGGCGUUUGUGAGAAGUGAGACGGUUCAAAUGACAGAUAUUUGGGGGAAUCGACCGGCUGAUGGGUUGAAGGAUGUGCUCACUUUUACAGAGGUCCCCAUGCAGAUUGGUGGGUUUUUCAGAAGUUCGAUUUUGGAAAAAAGGGAGCUGUGGAAGAGAAACGCCGGUGGCGCCGAAGGUGCACCAGUCAGCUUGUACGAUUCUCCAUAUCUGGUCGGAAUGCUCUCGAAUGGACGUGUCGAAGUCCUUUCUCUAUUCAGUGAUGUUCCCGUUCAAACCAUGAAACUUCCAAAAUCAAUGAGACUAUGUAACGGGGCGAAAGGCCAGAUCUUCGUCGCCUCACUCUCCGAUAUCUGGCUAAUGGAUACUGCAACGAAUCUCCGGAAAAAUGUGUACCAUUUGAUACAGGAGCGACAAUUCGAGAUGGCAAUUCAAUUGGCGGAUAAUUCGAAUUUGAUUCCGGAUGAUCAGAAAAUUGAAAUUAAAAAAAAGGCGGCGUUGAAUCUGUUUAAUCAGAAGAAAUUCGACGAAUCGUUUGCUCUAUUCGGAGAGAUUAAAACUGAAGUGGUGCAAAUACUUCGAAUGUUUCCAGAAUUGCUUCCAGAUGGAUUUCAAAAACCACCUGGAGGUGUGACUGAUAUGCCAGCUAACGACAGGAUGAGGGCUCUGCUGGCACUUGGAAAUUAUCUAUCGGAGGUUCGAACGGAGCAUGCGAAGCAUAUUGAAUUGUAUAAUAGGCUGAGAUCAUCUGGACAGGCGAAGAAGACGGAUACAGAGGAAAUGAAUACGCUGUUGUUGACGUUGAGAGUUGUGGAUACGACUCUGUUGAAAUGUUAUAUUAAGACCAAACCCGCUCUCGUCGACUCCCUGAUCCGCCUCCAGAGCAACGCGUGCACAUUCGAAGAUGCCAAGAAAAUUCUGGAAUCUGAAGGACGUCUCCGAUCCCUUUUUGUGCUCUACGAGACUCGAAAAAAGCACGAAAUGGCGUUGGAUCUUCUGAUAGAUCAAUCGAGUCAAGAGAACGCGGAUCCUUUCUUCGACGACGCCAUUCAACAAAUCGUCGAAUAUCUUCAAAGUCUCGGAAACAAUAGUCUUCCAUUGAUUUUAAAAUAUGCCAAAUGGGUUUUAGACAAAAAUCUCGAAGCUGGAGUUCAGAUUUUUACGAGUGAUGAGACGGAAAUGGCAAGGAAUCUGAAUCGGAAAGCGGUUGUGGAAUUUAUGAAAAGCGAGUGUCCAGAAGCAAUGAUACCGUACUUGGAGCAUGUGAUUUUUAAAUGGGAGGAGCCGGCGUCCUACUUUCAUGAGACACUUUUAGAGUACUACGUGGCAAAAGUGAACUCGCUUUUUAAAGAUUAUGUACAUGCUUUUCCAGACGCCUAUUCAGAUGAGAACAUCACUCGAGCCGGCGACGAGGACGGAGAGCUCGGAAUCUUCCGAAAACGUCUUCUGAGAUUUCUGGAAAUCUCUCAUUCCUAUAGUCCACAAACUGUACUUCUUCAACUUGCUCCUCAUGCCUUCUUCGAGGAGAGAGCACUGAUUUUGGGACGGCUGAAACAGCAUGAUCAGGCUUUAGCUCUGUAUGUGAAUACGUUGAAAAAUGUGCCAGCUGCUGAGGAGUACUGUAAGCUGUACUAUAAUCCGGCGGAUGACACCAAUUCACAAGUGUAUCUCCUUCUGUUUCGAGCCCUGGUCCAUCCGAAUCAACAUCACCACCACUCGAUUCCAUUUAACGCCGAUUCGACGCCAUUCGGAUCGUUUAGAGAUGACGUUUCGGAGACGUCGACAGUCGUCAACUCAACGUCUUCUUAUCAGCCGGACGUCAACACGGCGAUCAAGAUUUUGGCGAAGUAUGCGGAUAAAAUCGAUACGAUCGGAGCGUUGAAUAUGCUUCCUGCGAAGACACCGUUGAGAGUUGUUUUCUCGGCGAUUAAUGCAGUCAUUCAGACAACUGGACGGCAAGCUAGUACGAGAAAAAUGGAGAAAUCCGUGUCAGAAUGUGCGAUGACGAAGAAAUUGGAGCGCAAGAAUCGAGCGCAAUCGACGAAGAUCGUCGUCACGUUCUCGUCGGAAUGCGUUGUUUGUGAUAAGAAAAUCGCCGUCAGCGCAUUCGUUCGAUAUCCAGAUGGACGGCUAGCUCAUCUCUAUUGUCAUAACGAUGUUAAAAUUUGA